AUGGUCAGUGCUGCUAAAAGCUGCUCUUUAGAGUCAUUGAAUGUGUACCAUGACAACAGAGGCCAGCGCGGUGGGCGAGGCGGACACAGAGGGCAAGCCGAAGCCCAGUGUAGCAGAGGCAGAGAGAAGACCGGAGAACAAGCAGAGCUCGGAGGCAGAGAUACACCUGGAGAACACAAGCAGAGCCCAGAGCCAGAAACAGAGAGAGAACCGGAGAACAAGCAGAGCCCGGAGCCAGAAACAGAGAGAGAACCGGAGAACAAGCAGAGCACGGAGGCAGAGAUACAACUGGAGAACAAGCAGAGCCCAGAGGCAGCAGCAGCGGGGCCAGAGAGGGAGAAGCCCAGCCAGAAGACCCAGGAGCAGGCCUCAGAGCCUGGCUCCACAGAGACCCCCAUCUUCACCACCACCACUGAGGAGGAGCAGCUAGUGAAGCCCCGCCAGCGCACCUCAGCCAGCCGGGGCCUCUCACGCCUCUUCUCCUCCUUCCUCAAGCGGCGCUCGCAGUGCUCAGACGUAGAGUGGGCUGAGGUCGAGAAGGCGGAGAAGGACAGGAAAGAGAAGGCAGAGGCUGGAACAAAGGAGGAAAAGUUAGAGCAGGCCAAGGGGGAGGAGAAGAAAGAGCCAGAGGAAAGGGGGGGGAAGAAAGAGGAGGAAGAAGCAGCAAAGAAAAAAGCAGGGGAGGAGCACAAAGCAGGGGAGCAGUCCACAACAGAGGUGCAGGUGAAAGCCCCCAUCGCGGCCCCGGAGCCAGAGCUCAGAGCAGAGGCGGAGGGGGAGGCUGAACAGGAGAGGCAGGAGGAGCAGGUAGAGGCCCAGGACCAUCACUCCAUCAGCAGUGCAGAGACACAGGUGAGUGAGGGAGACAGACACAGUGAACUUCUCACCUAG